CUUUUGUAGAAAUUCCCCCAAUGAUGGAUGGCAUUGGCAUAUGCUCACACGCUCAUGAAAACUGAACCGUGCCUCUUUUCAAUCCUUGCUUUACCACGUUGGCCUCCAACCCAGCAAAGGAGCGUUACGAAUUUCUUGCUGUUUAAAUUCUGUUCGAAAUUUGAAUUUUCUUGCUCAAACUGGGAUACCUCUCUUUAAUGUUCAUUUUUGCUUGACCAUUCUUUGGGAGCCAAGGUAAAGGUUCAUUGAGAUCUGACUUAUUGGCAGGCUGGUUCCUUAGAUCUCAGGAAAGCUGAUCACCUUCAUGAGAUUUUGUUGGAAUUACAAAGGAUCAUCAACAUAUGAAGAAACUAUUCUUUUUUAAAUCUUCUGCGUCAAGCAGUGGGAGCAAUAAUGCAAUUCCCCCAAGAUCCACAAAUAAGCAAAUAUGUUGGGAGAACUCAUCAGAAAGUGGAUUAUAUGGUCAGGCUCAUGGCAGAGCCGAGGAUAGCUUCCAGAGUCCAAAGGGAUUGUUCUCCAAAUCCCAAAGGCACGUAUCAAAUAGCCAGGGUUCUAGUAGUGGACCAAGUCUUAGAAGGAGCAGGUCUUUGUCAACAGCAGCCUACCAGGUCAACGAUCAUAAUAGGUCUCCUAGUUUCAUAUCAAGUGAUCAAUAUCAUCAAUACGAGAAUUCAUCCCAAGAUUUCCUAGUUUCUUCUAGUUUUCAGACUCUUAGCCCUGAGAAGCAAAGGCAUUCGUCUAUAAAAAUUUCACAUGGAACUGAGAGGCCUGGCUCAGCUAGCUCUUCAAGGUCUUAUCAUGAUUCAUCUGGGAACUCUUCCACUUCUUCUAGUAACAUUUAUAGUAAGAUAGUUGACCGUUACAUUGAUGGAGAGCAGCAGCCAGAGAAAAGUAGGUCAAGGAAAAAUUUACAGAAAAGUUGUGGUGAAAAUGGAAAUUAUGGCAUGAAGCUUCCUCCAAAAAAUCAGUACACAGCACCUAAUUCACCAACUGAUGGUGGUGCUAGAUAUAAACCAAGAGCUCAUUCAUGUAGAGAAGCAAAAGGCGCUGACAUUCACUUCUCAUCCAAAGACUGGAAAGAAAAUGGGUUUGGACAUGAAUCUCCUCGGAGCCUGGCAAAAAAUGUCAUUGAAAGACUUUCUCAGUUUCAUUCUUUGUCCAAAAUCAGUUCAAAAGAGGUUGGUCUUGAUAAUCCAAUUACAGUUGAAGAUAUAUUCGCUAGAUCUGAAAAUGAAUGCUGUGAGUCAGAUCCAGAAGAGGCUCUGCCAAAAGGUUAUUCUUUUGAUAAACCUCACAGAAUGGCAGAUGGUUAUCACUGCACUGAUGAUCAAAGAUUCCAGAAACAUGAUGUUUUCCCAGCAGCCAACUAUGAGGGCUUAAGCUGUGUUAUCCUUGAAGAGGAUAUUGAUGCAGAGCUACAAAGACGAUUAAAAGAAGUCAAAGAGAGAGUUACUCUUUUUUCCAAGGAAUUUGAAAGAGAGAGCUUUCUUCUUGAUGGUGGUUUUGAUCUGUCAGUGUUGGUUCAGACAAUCAGAAACCUAGAAGAGGAGAGGUUAAGUUUGGCAAUGGAAGUUUCAGGCCUUCUCCAGUCUCGCAUUGCUGAAAGAACAUCUGCUAGGGAAGAGCUUAGAUGCUUAAAGGAAGAAUCGGGGUUACAGGCUCGACGGCUAGAAAAGGAAAAGAAUGAGACACAGUCAGGACUGGAGAAAGAAUUAGACAGAAGGUCAAGAGACUGGUCACUUAAGCUUGAGAAGUAUCAGUUAGAAGAGCAAAGGCUUCGUGAACGUGUUAGAGAGCUUGCUGAGCACAAUGUAUCACUUCAAAGGGAAGUCUCAUCUUUUGGUGACAGGGAAACAGAAACCAAAAAUCUAAUGACUCGUUCUGACCAUCAGCUGAAGGAAAUGACCGAAAAGAUGGAAGAAAUGAAAGAGCAGAACUUGUAUUUUCAACAAAAUGCCUUGGAAUUACAAGAGAAGUGUAAGAUGGUUGAAGAAAACAGGGACAUUUACCGAAGAAAUUAUGAAGAGAAGAAGAAGGAAUGUAAAGAGUUACACAAGUCCAUCACAAGAUUGCUAAGAACAUGCAGUGAUCAAGAGAAGACAAUCACAGGGUUACGAGAUGCAUUUAGUGAGGACUUCAAAAAGGAUCAAUCUAUGGAGAGGGUGGAGACGCAUGUUGCAAAAAUGCAAAUGGAGCAAAUGAGGUUAUCAGGGGCAGAAUUGGCCUUGAGAAGGGAGUUAGAAUCUUAUAGGGUUGAAGCAGAUUCUCUUCGCCAAGAAAAUAUAACUCUACUAAACCGCUUAAAAGGAGAUGGGAAAGAAAUCGUUGCUGCUACUUAUAAGCUAGAUAAAGAAAUGUUGGCCCGUGUCUGUUGUCUGCAAAAUCAAGGUCUAACGAUGCUAAAUGAAAGCUCCAACUUAUGCUCAAAGUUGAUUGAAUUCAUCAGAGAUCAGCUUCUUCAAGAUUCACAACAGGAAAUGGAGGUCAUAAAAAGUGGUCUGGAUGGGCAUUUUAUUGUUGAAUCUGAAUGUAAAAUUCAGAGUCUUAAAAGUGGAAUUGAGGGCUUGACUAGGAGUUUGCAGAUGAUGUCAGCUUUGCUCGCUGAAAAGUCAAGUUUAUUAACAACUAAAUUUCAGUCGCAGUUUAUUGAUCCCGACAAUCUAGCUAAACUGAAUGAUCAAUCAUCUGAGGAUAUAAUAAGAACUGAACUUAAAGCCGAAUGCUUGUUAACGAGUCUCUUAAGAGAGAAGCUGUACUCAAAAGAGCUCCAAAUUGAGCAGCUGCAAGCUGAACUUGCCACUGCUGUAAGAGGAAAUGACAUACUUAAAGCUGAGGUGCAAAAUGCACUAGCCAACCAUUCAUGUGUCAACCAUAAGUUGAAGGAACUUGAGCUUCAGAUGUUUAAGAAAGAUGAGAGCACAAACCGCCUCCAAAGUGAUCUGAAAGAAUCUAUGAAAGAAUUGGCAAUCGUUAAGGGAAUAUUGCCCCAAGUAACUGAGGAGAGAGAUCGCAUGUGGGAAAAAGUGAAGCAAUAUAAUGAGCAGAAUAUGCUAUUGGACUCGGAGAUCACUGAAUUGAAGAAGAAGAUAGAGGUCCUUGAUGAAGAUAUACUUGUAAAGGAAGGUCAAAUAACAAUAUUAAAAGACUCCCUUGGUAAAAAGCCCUUUGAUCUCCUUGGGAGUCCUGAUUCUAUGCAUGAAUUUUUGCUUAACUAGCUACUAUAAAAGCAUAUUUCUUUUUUAUAGGCCAAGUCAACACUCUCUACAUUGUCCAUAGUUCUAUAUAUCUGUGAAUGAGGUUUUGAAGGUUCUUUUCUUGAUUCUAUGCAUGAAUUUUUGCUUGCUUUAUUUUGUAAAACCUUUGUUUCCUUUUUAGGCCAUAUUAUUAUA